AUGGACCUCGAAAUGGUCUAUCGCCUCAACCAAAGAUUAAAAGCGAUGAAAAAGGAGGUGGACAGCAACCACAGGCUUCUCUUGGCUUUUCUCGAGGAGAAUAUCCGCCUGCUCAACAGAACACCACCGGCGAGCGACCAACACCACCAAAAACCCCCAAAAACCCCGCCAAAAUGCGUCUGGUCUUCUCCGGAACCCCGUUUACCUCGUGAUGUGCCAAUCUCCCGCAACACCACCGAGGCCGGGACCAAGCAGCACCCCGACAGCUCCAAGACGCCCGUCGGGGCGAAGGAUGUGGAGACGGUCGACGAGACACCGGAAGAAAGAAGGGGUGGAACGGGCCUCGUCACCGGUUUGUUCGCACUCGGGGACAAGGGUGAGCAGUUUUUGAAGAAAAAUCUGACUGGCCAAGUCCUAGGUUUUUUCAAAACUCUGCAAUGGGUUGCCGAUGUUGUCAUCGACCCCGUCAGGGCGCCACUGAUCUUUGCGCAGGCCUUGCAAGAAGCGAUACGCCGAAUCCACGAAGCCUUUGGGGUGCUGCCGUCUGACGAAAGACUGAGCGCGUCGGUGUCCAGCUCCUGCAUGGCCUCAAUGUCGUCGGGGCGAGACAUUUUCCUGUGCUCCCGACCCCAGAGGCAAGUCACAGCCCGUGAACUGCUCGAUGUUAUCGAGCGGCGGGUGCAGAGCGGCGACAAAUUGCCCAACAUGCGCCACUUUCAAGUCAAGAUGACACUGGUCCAUAAACCGGUAGCUGGUUCUUUUCGCGCGUCGUUUCCACAUGCGGACCCGUCGGACGUGAACACCUGCUUUCCGGUGGCGCUGAAACUGCUCAGCCAUUUCGGCGAGUUGGUUGAGAUGUGGGAUCGUUUCGAGCGCGACAACAGUCAUCGCUUUAAACACGCAUGGGCUCGAAAGGAAUGGGACCGUAAGCUGGCUGCUGCUAAGGAGAUUUUCCUCAACUGCAAUACGCCACACGUCGUUGACUCGGCGGUCCGGUUUUACCGCACACACAUUGACGCCGCGUAUGAUCGAAACCUGCCUGUGCCACUUUCUGAGGUUCGCGGAGCUCUAGAGCGGUUCAAAACCGUCCGUGGUCUACGUGUUUUCCUCAUGGAUCGGAGCGGUAACUUGCUUCCGGAAAGCCCGUUAUAUACCGAUGCUACGGGGCCUGUCUUGAACAUGUUGUUUGACGAGCGAGACGGGCAUGUGAUUCCAAUUGUUGGCUCCCUGAACAGCCAGCCAUGGGUGAGGGUGCUGCCGGACGGCAGUGAAGAGCGCUUCUUUCACGAAUUCCAGUGCCGCCAGUGUGGAUGGAUGGUGAGCAGUUUUUGUGCUUCCUCACGC